AUGUUGCAGGGUGCCGGUGGCGCGGGCCUGCGCGCGGCGGUGGGUUUGUCUGAGGGCGGCUUUAGCACAGCGUGCAUCACCAAGCUGUUCCCCACCCGCAGCCACACCGUGGCAGCGCAGGGCGGCAUCAACGCAGCGCUAGGCAACAUGACGGAGCAGCCCGCCCGGUCGGCAGCUGCCGCAGACGCCGCUUUAGCCCGCCGGCCCUGCCCCCCCGCCGCCGACCCGCAGCGCGCCUUUGGCGGCCAGAGCCUCGACUUUGGGCGUGGCGGGCAGGCGUACCGCUGCUGCGCGGCCGCCGACCGCACGGGGCACGCCAUGCUGCACACGCUCUAUGGAGCGGCCAUGAAGCACAACUGUAAUUUUUUCGUGGAGUACCUGGCUUUGGACCUCAUCAUGGACCAGGACGGCUCCUGCCGCGGCGUGAUUGCGCUGUGCAUGGAGGACGGCACGCUGCACCGCUUCCGCGCACACAACACCAUCCUGGCCACGGGCGGCUACGGCCGCGCCUACUUCUCCGCCACCUCCGCACACACCUGCACCGGCGACGGCAACGCCAUGGCGGCGCGCGCGGGCCUGCCGCUGCAGGACCUGGAGUUUGUGCAGUUCCACCCCACAGGCAUCUACGGCGCCGGGUGCCUGAUCACCGAGGGCAGCCGCGGCGAGGGCGGCAUCCUGCGCAACAGCGAGGGCGAGCGGUUCAUGGAGCGGUACGCGCCCACCGCCAAGGACCUGGCCUCACGAGACGUCGUGUCCCGCUCCAUGACCAUGGAGAUCCGCGAGGGGCGCGGCGUGGGCCCCGAGAAGGACCACAUCUACCUCCACCUCAACCACCUGCCCCCCGAGCUGCUGGCGGAGCGGCUGCCGGGCAUCUCCGAGACGGCGGCCAUCUUUGCGGGGGUGGACGUCACCAAGGAGCCCAUCCCCGUCAUCCCCACGGUGCACUACAACAUGGGCGGCGUGCCCACCAACUACCACGGCGAGGUGGUGGUUCCCAAGGACGGCAACCCCGACGCGGUGGUGCCUGGGCUGAUGGCGGCGGGCGAGGCCGCCUCCGCCUCUGUGCACGGCGCCAACCGGCUGGGCGCCAACUCGCUGCUGGACAUUGUGGUGUUUGGGCGGGCCUGCGCGCUGCGGGUGGGCGAGAUCCUGAAGCCCGGCACGCCGCACAAGCCGCUGCCCGCCGACGCCGGCCAGGAGACGAUCGCGCGCCUGGACAAGCUCAGGCACGCCAACGGCAGCAUGACCACCGCCACCAUCCGGCGCAACAUGCAGAAGAUCAUGCAGAACAACGCCGCCGUGUUCCGCACGCAGGAGACGCUGGCAGAGGGGUGCGACCUGAUCGACGAGUGCGCCGCCACAUACCAGGACAUCAAGCUGGCUGACCGCGGCCUGGUGUGGAACACCGACCUGGUGGAGGCGCUGGAGCUGGAGAACCUGCUGAUGAACGCGGCGGUGACGAUGCACAGCGCGGAGCAGCGCAAGGAGAGCCGCGGGGCGCACGCGCGCGAGGACUUCACCGCCCGCGACGACAAGGACUGGAUGAAGCACACGCUGGGCUGGUUUGACUGGAGCGCGCCGGGGGCCAACAAGGUCAAGAUUGACUACCGCCCCGUGCACAUGCAGCCCCUGACCAAGGAUAUGGAUCACAUCCCACCCAAGGCACGCGUGUACUGAGCGGGCCGAGCCGGCGAGCAGGCCGGGGCGUCCUACGGCAGCCAGCUGCGCGGCGCACGUCCCACAGCCGCAGCACGCGGCCAGACGGGUGCACAGCACACUCCGCGCUGCUCGCCGCUCGCCUGCGCCAGCCUGGCGGCGCGCAGCUGCCAGGCUGGCAUGUUGACGCACUCCUCCAUGCCUGCUGCUCGUGUCGUGGGCACGUGCAUAGUCCUACCAAACGGCAUUCAGCCCAACGCUGCCACCUGGCUGCCACAGGCGGGCUGAGCCUGCCUGCAGCUGCAAGGCUGCCACUCGUGGCUGGAACCGUUGUUUUGGCCUCGUGUUUCUCGCUUUUGCUGCAGGCGGCAUGCCCAAACGAAUCCCCGCCCGUGGGCUCUGCUUGCGCUUCCUUUCCUGUACAACUUGACCGCAAGGCGCCCUGGGGGGCCAUGCACAUACGCCACAUGUGUAACAACCCUCCAAGC